GGUACGAGUGUCUAUGUGAAAAUUUUGUACUCAAUUCAGGUGCACUUCUAUGAAACGACGGACGUCGAGGUGACCUGACGGUAUUUGAUAUUAUCAAACUAGUGCUACAAACGUUUACAACGAUUAAGAAAGCGUUCCAAAAACGUGACUUAAAGUCUAUUAUUUACAGAUACCUAAAUAUUAUAUAAUUUAUUUUCCUCCAUAUAGAUAGAAACAUAUAAAAAUUUAAUUAAGAUACCGUUUUAUCUUCACAAAAAUAUUAUAUAUUACCUGCAAAUUUUUUCAAUACACAAACGGUCUGAUCACAAUGUCCUAUAAAUUAUUUAUUUUCGUAGUAUGUAUUUUUACUACCAGUGGAUCAUCAGUACAAUAUGAUAAACAAACACGAAAUUUGAGGACAUUCCCAAGUGACUUCUUUUUCGGAACUGCGACUUCGGCUUAUCAAAUUGAGGGAGCCUGGAAUGAAGGAGGUAAAGGAUGGUCAAUGUGGGAUCACUUGGUACGAACAGAUCCUGGUCACAUUAGUGACGGCACCAAUGGGGAUGUUGCAGCCAACUCAUACCAUUUUUAUAAGAAGGACGUUGAAAUCCUCAAAGAAUUGGGUGUAUCCGUUUACAGAUUUUCGAUAGCAUGGACUAGAAUAUUACCUUACGGCCGUGCAGACUAUGUUAACCCUGAAGGAGUAGCAUAUUACAAUAACUUAAUAAACGAACUACUGGCAAAUGAUAUCACUCCAUUCGUGACAAUAUACCAUUGGGAUCUGCCGCAGAACCUGAACGAGCAGGGUGGUUGGUUGACUUCGGAAAUAGCUGACUGGUUUGGAGAUUACUCCAGGGUUUUAUUUGAAAACUUUGGAGACAGGGUAAAGCAUUGGAUCACGAUUAACGAACCCUACAUCCAUUGUAGCUUCGGUUACGCAUCUGGAUCUCACGCGCCAAGAAUCAGGUCUCCAGGGGUUGGUUUCUACGAAUGUGGACGAAAUAUCAUUCUAGCAAAUGCGAAAGCUUGGCACAUAAUAUAUGAUAAGGAGUUUAGAGGCACCCAAGGAGGAGUGAUAGGUAUAACAUUGGACUCUGAAAUGGCUAUGCCGGGUUCUAAUUCUCCUGAUGAUAUUCAAGGUACCGCUGAUUAUAUGAGUUUCUAUCUCGGACAAUACGCAGACCCAAUAUUUUCCGCGACAGGCAAUUACCCACAAAGAAUGAUCGAUUUAGUCGCAGAAGCAAGCAGACAACAAGGGCUAAAUGAAUCUCGACUAGUACCAUUCACUCAGGAGGAGGCUAACAAUAAUAAGGGAACUUCAGACUUUUUCGGACUAAAUCAUUAUUCCAGUAUCUAUGUGUAUAGGAAUUCUUCUGUAACUGGAAUUUAUACGGUGCCUUCUUUUAAUGGUGAUCUCCAAGUAGGAACCUUCCCUGAUCCCAAUUGGUAUAAAAACCCGGCUGGAUGGACAUAUAGAUACGGCCAAGGAUUACGCAAACUGUUAGGAUAUAUUAAGGACACAUACGACAACCCUACGGUCUAUAUUACGGAGAAUGGUUUCGGGACAGCAACUGAGCGGAAUGACACUGAUAGAGCUGAUUAUUAUAGAGAAUAUUUAAAUGGUGUACUCGACGCUAUUGAUGAUGGCGUCAAUGUGAAAGGUUACUGUGCCUGGAGUCUUAUUGAUAACUUCGAAUGGGCGGUGGGCUACAGCGUACGUUUUGGGCUUUAUGAAAUCGACCACAAUGAUCCAGAGAAGACAAGGAAACCCAAAUACUCGGCACUUGUUUACAAAGAGAUUGUUCGCACAAGAACUGUAGAUCCAUCAUACAACCCAGACCUUGCGACAGAUGCGUCAAUAGAUAUUAAAAGUUCAUUCCUAUUUGUAUUAGCCGUAGCAGUUUUUAAUAUUAUUUGGUAAUUAAAUUAUAAAUAUGUGCAAUGUGCAAAACUAUGUUUGGAAAGUGCUAUAUUAGUUUAAAAAAUAUGGUACAAAAUCUGGCACCAUAAAAAAUUAGCUUUAUGUUCUUUGGCAAUUUUUUUAAUUGACCCAAAAACAUUAACUGAGGCCAACAAAUAUCUACAAUUUAUGUAUUUUGAAGCUGAAUUAUGUAAAUAUUUAAGCAGAAUCUUGUUUUUGAAAGUGACACAAUAAAAGGUGUUUUAAAAAAUA